GCGGGAAGGUUUAUGUAAUUUUUUUAGUACAGUGGUUUUGAAAUGUAAAUAAUAAAAUCAAAAAAUGUGUGAUGAAAAAAUAUCAAAGUUUUGUAAAAUAAUUUCAGAGUUGAAGGAUAAAUUAAAAUGUACAAUAUGUCUUGAUGUUAUACAAGAUUCCGCAGAAUUGGCGUGUGGACACAAAUUUUGCCAUGGCUGUUAUUCUGAACACAAAUCGAAACAGAAACAACCUUCGUGUCCUCUUUGCAAGGCAGUUGUCCGAAGACGCUCAGUGAUAUAUAAAGAUGAAUUUUCCGAUAAACUCAGUUUAUAUGUUUCUAAAGUUGCUGAUAUUUUCAAAAAGGCAUAUGGUUGUGAUGUCGAAAGAAUGGUUUCUCAUCCCGCAGCUGUAACCAAAAGAAAAACAAGAAACACUGAGAAAAAUAUUUCUGAGCAUGAAAAACCUUCUACUUCAAAGAACCCUUCUAAAGGAUCCAAAGUUAUUUCCGAACAUGAAAAACCUUCUACUUCAAAGAACUCUUCUAAAAGAAGAAUAGUCAUUCCUGAACGUGAAAACCCUUCUACUUUGAAAAAAAAUUCUAAAGAAUCACUGGUUAUUUCUGAACGUAAAAAACCUUCUACUCCAGAGAAGACUUCUAAAGGAGUAAUAGUAUCAUCUCGCAACGAUGUCUUUGAUAAACUCCGGAUUAAUCAAUCCCCAGAUAACUUGUUAGUGAACAGAACAGGUACCAAGAGAAUAUACCACAACAAAAAGAAACAACAGCAAGAAAAAGAAUAUACUCACAAGAUACUGGACUUCGAUGACCACGAGACCAAAUAUGAUGUCUUGAGGUGGUUGAACGAUACUAGAAACAAAUUUGAGAGGAUGACACUAACUCAAAGCUUUGACGUGGAAAAUAACGAUAACAUUUCAACAACCGAUCUAGUUUCUGUCUCCCAAGUCAGGCAGAAUGAAAGCGUACCCCCUUUAAGGAGCACUACAAAGUGCAGACCGCGAGCUAGGUCUCUGGAUAUCAGUACAAAGAAAGUGCUAGAUACAAGAAACAGAGAGGGAAGUUGCGUCGAUGUCGCAGAUAAUUAUGUUAUAGAGGAUGCCGAUACUGAAGAAGAGAAAAUUGUGAAGAAAGUUGAAGAAAACGUUUUGUUGAACAUCAUUGAGGAUCGGUAUUUGGAUAAGUUGGAGAACGAGAUACAAAAUAAGGUCAAUUGUGAAACUACCCCCAAAAAUCUUCCCCAAGAAGCCCAAAACACCCAACCAUCUACGAGCGGUUGGGAGCGAAUUGGAAAAAUCAAGAAGACUUUAAGGAAGAAGGAGAAGGCUCCAAAGAAACUCAAUAUUACCGUAAAAUCUUCUCAGGCUUCUCAGAAGAAAGACUGUACAGAUUCAAGCAUAAAAAAUUCUGCCCAAAAAGAAUCCCCUAUAAAUCUAAACAAAAUUCAAAGUCCUAGACAAGAAGAUCGUGUAUCAAGCACAAGUAAGGCUUCAGAAGAUAAGGCUAAGGGUGUUGAGAUUCAGAGAAAAAUUCCCAAAUAUUAUGAUUUGAAUGCACUUGAAACGUAUAUUUGUGAAAACAUUGAAAUUUUACCAAAAGACGAUAUUUUUGACGAUAGAAACAAUGAAGAAGAUAGUGAUGAUAUGUCGAACAAAGAAAAUAACGAGAAUGUAGUCAAUAAGGUUGCAAAAAAUGAGAAUGUCAUUGUACUAGAAAAUAUUGUUCUGAAAAAUAACAGUCUCGACGAGUCUCCAACAAAAGAUGUUGAAGAUCCUUACUUGCUACCAACGCAAAAACUUGAUACCUCUAAUAAUUCCAAGUCUAAAAAUCAGGCUGACAACAAUCCAUUCAUGAUGCUCACUCAAAAAAUCAGCACAGAAGCCGAUGUUGAUGACGUAUUUUUGAAAGCAACUCAAAAAUGCAGGAAUCGUUCGAAAGAAAUUUAUGAUUAUGUAGAUCUAGAAGAACGCUACGAAACGAUCGAAGAUGUAUUCGAUACUUUAGAUAGUCAUUUGAAAUUUUGCAAGGAAAAAGUCAGUAGUACCUCCAUAUCAGAUAAAUUGGAUAUUGUCAGUCGUUGUGUGGCAAAAUUGCGAGAAUUCGUCACAGAAAAAACCCUUGGCAAUACCUCCAGAGCUAUCGAAAUUACCUCGUUCCACGAUCUUUGUGAAAGAGGUAUGCAAACUUCUUUUAACUUGUCAGCUAAGCUAGUACAAACUGAAAAUUGUGGAAAUAUCGACCAAGAAGUACAAACAGAAGAUAUCGAUGAAAAAGCCGAUCUAAGUUCUUCAAAGUCUCUUAAAAAUGUCGGUCACAUCACCCAGAAUUCAGAAAAGGCUUUACACACGAUCACUUCCGAAUCCCAGGCGAAUUUUGAAAACGAAUCAUCUGGUGCUCAAGAAAAGCAAACUGUAGUGGCUGUAACAACCCAAAACAAUUGGUUCUCUGCUACAUUGGACAAUUUUUGUUUCGAAACUCAAGAUAUUACUAAAGAAAAUGAUAAACUGAAUGUUCAACCGGAGACACAAGCUGAGACUCAAAAAAGAUCUGUGACUAACGAGGCCGAAAAAGGAUCUGUGAUUGACGAGGCUAAAAAGGAAUCCGUGACCGAUGAGGCUCUUGCUCUGCCUGAAAAAGCUGAUAAAUCUCAAAAAUCAACAAUUUCUGUGUUGGUUUGUAGCUUCAGCUCUGAGAAAGCUAAUAAAGUAAACCGAAAAUUGACGUAUCAUGACAGUGUCAGUACGAAAAGAACUUUAUCUGAUAGUGAUGAGGAGAUUAUCAUGCCCAAAAGACUUUGCAACAGGUUUAUUCGGGAUGAUUUGUCUGUAGAAUUCGACGUCAAUACCGAAACGCAAAAUACCCAAAACAAGAAAAAUGAUUUGGAAAUGCCUGAUAGCGAGGGAGCCGAUUUUGAGGACUAUCUGCAGACAGUAUUGAAAAAAUAUGAGGACAAUAACGAUCUUAUCACCACUCCUGAAAAAACCGACGUUUGUCAGAAUAUUGAGGAAAGAGAUGCAGAAGAGAACCCAACCGCGAUACCUGUAAAAGAUCCCCAACAACUUGAAGAUAACAUGAUGGACUGCAGUGAGAUAGUGGCAAGAGUGAACGAGAAUAUAAACAAAAUGAAGCUCGACAAUACCUCAAGAUCGUCCUACAAAACUGCCUGUCUGAGUACCGAGCAACGUAUGCAAAAUGUUGACUUGGGUUUACACCAAGAACUAGAUUUAAAAGAAGAGGAAGAUGUAAGAGGUCAGACCGAAUCUUCCGACAUCAUCGGAGAGACUGAGAGCAUGGAACCUCUGCCUAAGAGGGCGAGGAAGGCGAACCUCAACGUAGGUUUCGAUCAGGGGGAACAAGCUUCUAGUGCUCUCAACUUACUUGGCAUAGCGAACAGCGAAAACAGGAAAGAAACGGUUUGUCAAGAGUUGGACGACAGUUUAGAUGAUGCGGAGCUUGCGAAUAUUCAAAUAUCGGAGGAAAAUAGAUUGCAUGACAACACCAAAGAGCAAGGAGAAGAGUGCGUUGUGGAGAUGAACGAUGAAACUCUAGGCGCUCAGUUCAAUGAAGAAGACUUAUUUUCCGAUGAUGAUAUCGUUGAAACCACUCCUCAGAAAGAGAGCAGUCUUUUGGAGAAAAGGUCUCAGCGUAUACCCGCUUACAAUUUAUCGUUUCCUCCACCGAGUUUGCUCACAUCUGAUGACGUUAUUGAAAACUUCAACUUUGACUUUGCUCCACUUCCUCCCCCUCCCGAUUUCCAAGACACACCCCGUGAGGCCGAUAAAGAUGACACUGACCCAAGCCACAUCACCAUCAUAGAAUUGGAACAGACGCUUAAGGGCACUGCUCAGUCUCUAACCCCCGACGGGUUGCUGAAUUAUGAAAACAAGGAAACGGGAUCCCACUUGAACAAAUCUCUAGUGAAAUCUGAUUUGUUUGGGAAAGGCAGCUUUCAUUCCACACCGCAGAGAGCAACUCCAUUAGAUAUUCAAACCAAGCGCAUCAGCAGCACUCAGCUGAGUCAGGCGAGCAACCUCAGCUGCACUCUGUCCCCCAUAACUGGUGUCAGGAGUGUGAUAGAGCGAGCGCAAACAUCGACACACACUCCUCUAAUGAUUUCUAAUCAUUCCGCUCGCAAGCAGACCAUCAUGACUAGCACACCGAAGCAGAAGAGCAUGUGGAAUUACGUCAAGUCGCAGAAUUCUGAUUGUGAGCCUGCCAGAAGCAAACCUUGCAUUGCUUGUUCUAGACUCAGUAAAGAUAAGACACAGUCCAUCUCACUGUUGACGAAUAAGAAGUUGGCGACGUACAGUCAGGUGUUUGAUAAGUGUGUUACGCACAUGAUUGUCACCGUAACGGAAAAAAAUUGGAUCAAGGAUUACACGAUGAAGUUCGUUGCGGGGGUGGCUGCGGGGAUUUGGAUUUUGAACUUCGAGUGGGUACAGGAGUGUCUCAACAGCAAUUCCAUUGUUCCAGAGGAACCUUACGAAGUUUUGGAUGAUACUGGUAUGCCUGGUCCAAAAACUGCUAGGUUGACAAGAAAAGAAAAUCCCUUGCUGAAAGGUUUCAUUUUUUAUUGCGCUAAUUCAUUAUUUUCUACUAGCAAAGCGGAUGUAGAGGAGGUUAUCAAAAUGUUGGGAGGGAAAGUCGUUUCAACUCUUGAGAAAUUGUCUGAAAAAGAUGGGAAAAUUGGUUUGAUAAUCACUGAGGGAAGGUCUACACAAGAUUUUGAGGUUUAUGAAACUUGGCUUGAAACGUACAAAACCGUCACGGUUGACAUAGAAUGGCUCAGCAAAUCCGUGGGAAGGUACAAAUUGCUAAGUAUUCGUCCAUACAUUUGGUGCUCCGAUGAUCACCUGGACGAUUUGGGAUACCCACCAAAUUUAACAGAAGCGGUGCAGUCGUCUUCAUCAGAACAGUAUUAAGUUCAAAGAACUUAUGCAUAAUUUAAGAUUACAAUGUGAUUUAUUUUUAAGAAAUGUUUAUUGUAUGUUGCAUUUACAUAAAAAAUAUAGUUCUGUUCUUAUUUUUAUAUAUUUUUUGUAAUAAAUGUCCUCUGGUUUUGU